CAUGUGGUUACAGUCACAUGACGGGAAGAAAUUCAUCUGCAGGUUCACAACAAAAAGUGAAAUUCCCGUGUAACACAGCAGCCUGAGUCUCCUUGUUGCACCACGCUGUGCGAACACCCAGAGGAGUUGAAUGGUGGACUAACCUGUUGUAAUAAUGUUAUUCUCAAUUCUCUUUGCCGUUGCUCUUGUUUCUCAAACGGCGGCUCGGUUCACCGCGGACUGGACGAGCUUGGACGCCAGACCGCUUCCUUCAUGGUACGACGAGGCCAAACUGGGGAUUUUUAUCCACUGGGGUGUGUUUUCUGUUCCUGGCUUCGACAGCGAGUGGUUUUGGUGGCACUGGCAGGGCCAGAAGCCUCCGGACCAGAAGUGCGUGAGCUACAUGUCCAAGAAUUACCCGCCUGGGUUCAGCUACCCAGAGUUCGCGCCUCAGUUUCACGCUCAGUUCUUCAACCCGGGAGACUGGGCGGACAUAUUUAAGGCCUCAGGUGCAAAGUAUGUCGUCCUGACUGCCAAACACCACGAGGGAUUUACGAACUGGGGGUCCCCGAACUCCUGGAACUGGAAUUCUGUUGAUACCGGUCCUCACAGGGAUCUAGUGGGAGACCUGGGAGAGGCAGUGCGCAACAGGUCAUUGCACUAUGGACUCUACAACUCCUUGUAUGAGUGGUUCCACCCUCUCUACCUGGCUGACAAGAAGAAUGGAUUCAAAACACAGGACUUUGUGAUGCAUAAACUACUACCAGAGCUUUAUAACAUGGUUGUAAGGUACAGACCUGAGGUGAUAUGGUCUGAUGGGGACUGGGAAGCACCUGACACCUACUGGAACUCCACCCAGUUCCUGGCCUGGCUCUACAAUGACAGCCCUGUUAAAGAUACCAUUGUGACCAAUGACAGAUGGGGAGCUGGCUGUGCCUGUAAACACGGUGGCUACUAUAACUGCGAAGACAAAUAUACUCCAGGCCAGCUGCCAAAGCACAAGUGGGAGAAGUGCACAUCUGUGGACACAUUUUCCUGGGGUUACCGGAGGAACAUGAAAAUGAGUGAACUGAUGGACUUACCCACCAUAAUAAAGGAUCUGGUUCGCACUGUGGCUCUGGGAGGUAACUACCUUCUGAAUGUGGGUCCCACACCUGAUGGGAUGAUCCCCGCUGUGUUUGAGGAGAGGCUCAGGGGUGUUGGAGCCUGGCUCGCGAUCAAUGGGGACGCCAUCUAUGCUUCUAAACCCUGGAGGGUCCAGACAGAGAACACCACUGUGCCAAUCUGGUAUACAUCUAAAGGGACUUCUGUUUAUGCCAUCGUGACAACCAAACCUUCCAAGCCCACAGUGCAGCUGCUGGAACCCAAAACAUCAGCGGCCACCAAGGUGACCCUAUUGGGGAAUCCAAAGCCGUUACCCUGGUCCCCAGUCCAGCCCAGCUUUGGCCUUAUUGUCCUCCUGCCCGAGCUGCCCUAUACCCCUGGUCAGGCCUGGAUACUGAAACUGGACGGAAUCCAGUGAGCCUUAAACACCUGAAGUGUCCAACCUAAUAAACUCAGGUUCAUUCUGUGUGAAAAGGGGAAGCUUAUGCACUACGGUUGAAGAGACCACGCUGACUUAAUAGAUUUGUAUUUUUGCAAAAAAUGAACAGCACACUCCUCUUCAGUGAUUCAUUUGUUGCUGUGAGUUUUAAUGUGUCAGUGCCUCUUGAUUAUGCUCUUUUCUUUUAAUGAGUGAAUGAUUCAGAAUGAAAAGUGGAAUCUGCUGUUCAGCUUGUGAGGCAGCUUUUCAGCUGUCUGUAAUUUUUGUUUCUGAAAUGAAUCAUUUAUCGACUGUUUUUUUUUGAAGAUGAACAGUUUAACUACAAAGCACUUUUUUAUUUUUUUACUGUAUACUUUUAAAAUGGUGGGAUUAAACAUUGUUUGAUUUUUCUGAUGAGUGACUGUUGUCAGAAAUGGGAAAACAAUAAAGAUAUAUUAAAAAACUGUUAUUCAAAGUCAACUUUCUUCAACUUUUCUGACAAUGUCCUCAGUCUGAAGGGUUUCUGAAACUAAAAUACCUUUAAAGUCAAGAGGAAGUUUUCUUGCCAUUUGUCUGGUGGCACUUUAAGCCUCCUUCAGAUCCCAUCACUUUAGGAACCUCUUGUUCAUAGCUCCUGUGUUGUGCUCAGAGGCAAUUACUUUUGUAAAAACUCAAAUCUUAUCCCAAUUUCUGUAGUCUCAGAUAUAGAAACCUCGAGAGUGCUUUUCAGACAUAAGUAUGAGCCAAUAGGUUAUUUUUUUUCUUAAAACUACAUGCUACAGCCAUGGUUGGGAACAAGAUGACUACUGGAUGACUUUUGAUUUCCUAUGCAGCACUUGUUAGCACUUUUAUUUUCAGCAACUCCCUGAAGUGCCUGAGGAUGGCAAUCACCUACCACAUUUUUAUAUCUUACUUACUGCUGACCUUUUGAUUGUAAUCUGCUCCUCUCACCCUGAGGCUACUACUGUGUGUUCCUGAAACUUUGCUGGACACUUUAUAUUCAGUAGCAGUCGGCUAUAUUUGUGAAUGCAGAUCUGUGCCACAACUGUUGUGUGUAUGGACAAAAAUAUCUCUUCAAUGUGUCAGUCUGAGAUAAGACCUGACUGGAAAAAAGGAUACUCACGGGGACUGCGCAUUUGAUUCCCAUCGCCAGCAGUAAAUUGUUGUCUGUCCUUUCUUUUAACCCACCUUAAUAGGUGUAUGUGGCCUGCUUUGUAUUUGCAUUGCAAAUUCCUAAAGCGAGACGAAUAAAGAAAAUGGAAAUUUU